UGAAUGUGUUUGUUUUUCAACGUCAAUGAUAAUUGCAGUUUCCCACUCACUAUCUGAGCAGGAUAUUGGAAACAUCUUAAAGGCGAAUUCAACUUCAACGCAACAAACGAUUGGGUUUGAUAACCUGUGAUAUGAAGUGAAUGCUUCUUUUCUUGUUGGACCACAUCGAUACGUAUUAUCAUGUUUCGUUUUUCAUUACUGCAAUGGUUAUUCACUCUGAUGUGGAUGUUGACAUCUUCAAUAGUUGAAUGUCAGGAGUGUUCUACAUCAGGGUUGAAUGUGUUUGGUGGCUAUCAGUAUGUCUUCUACCAUGGUGAUGUCGUCAGGACAUUCUCUGAAACACGUGCACUCUGUCAAAGCUUAGGUGGUCACAUGCCAAUCAUCACAUCAGCUGAACAAAAUGAUUCCAUAGCCGGGAAAUUAUCAACAGACUCUGAUGCAGACCUAGGUAACUAUUACAUCGGCUUAGAAGACAUGGACGAGGAUGGUACAUACAGAUGGAAUAAUGGAACGGACCCUGGGUAUACCAACUGGGAUACUCCUCUACAGUCCAGUCGACCACCUUACUGUGCUGUGAUGAGGUCUGGAUCUAGCCUCACUGACCCGAUACGUGGACGAUGGAACCGAGUAACAUGCACUUCAGAUAGACGACACAUCUGCCAAAUACCUCUCGGCGAUGGCUGUAGAUGGCAAGAGCUCGGUGAAUCUCAGUAUCUCAUCAAGUUCACACCUCAUGUAAAGCCAAGGGAUGCUAGGGAAACAUGUCAAAGUUAUGGCGGUGAUUUGGCUUUCAUCAAGACAGCCGAAGUCAACACAUUUCUCAAAGAGCUACUUCCCCCAUUUAAUGCAAGUGAUCAAUAUUUUUGUUACUAUUUUGGGCUUAUGAGGAGUGACAAGAAAACUUUCUACUGGCUGGAUGAUACUGCAAUCCAGUAUAAUGAUUGGUACAAGGGCGAAGAACCCAAUAAUGCUGACUCCUGGGGUUGUCUUGGUCUACGUGAUGGCCCUUCAUGGAUUGACCAGGUUCCACAGCUAUCUUCACCGUACAUUUGUGAACGUACACGAGUAUUUGAUGGAAGCAGUAAAGCAUCAUUUGGAGGUAUGGAUUAUUUCAUCUCUCCGUCAUGGCUGACUCGGUCUUUCUCAGAUGCACGGACCUAUUGUCAGUAUCAUGGAGCCGAUUUAGCACUUAUCAAAUCACACCAUAUCAAUACCUUUCUGACUGUCAGGACUUCGGGAUUAGGUACCCAAGUAUUUUUUGGUUUGACUGACCAAGCUGAGGAAGGCACAUUUACAUGGAUCGACGGAACACCUUUACAGUAUUCAGCAUGGUCGGAUUCUGAACCCAACAAUGCAGGUAAUGAAGACUGUGCCACUAUAAUACAGUCUGAUUCAUACGGGGGAUGGAAUGAUAUUUCGUGUACUCUCAAACAACCCUUCGUAUGUGAACGCUAUCAGGACAUAUCUGUCGUGAGGAAGGAUGUCGAUCACAGACGAGGAGGAACUAUAAGGUUCUAA